CAGCCACGCCAGUCACGUCUGGGGCCACCCGGCUGCCUCCUUCUUCCUUUCCCCCUUUGCCUUCUCCCCCCUCCCGCGUUGGCGAGGGCAAAGUGGCCGUGGCGGCGCCAUGCCCGGGCCGGAGUGAGUGCGCGCGGGCGAAAAUGGCGUACAUCCAGCUGGAGCCAUUAAACGAGGGUUUUCUUUCCAGAAUCUCUGAUCUGCUGCUGUGCAGGUGGACCUGCAGGCACUGCUGUGAGAAGUGCUGUGCGUCCAGCUGCUGCCAGUCAAGUGAGGAUGAAGUGGAAAUUCUGGGACCUUUUCCCGCGCAGACCCCGCCCUGGCUGAUGGCCAGCCGGAGCAGUGACAAGGACGGUGACUCUGUCCACACGGCCAGUGAUGUCCCCCUGACCCCACGGACCAACUCCCCGGAUGGGAGACGCUCAUCCUCAGACACAUCCAAGUCCACGUACAGCCUGACCCGGAGGAUCUCAAGUCUGGAGUCGAGACGCCCCAGCUCCCCGCUCAUCGACAUCAAACCCAUUGAGUUCGGCGUGCUCAGCGCCAAGAAGGAGCCCAUCCAGCCCUCGGUGCUCAGACGGACCUAUGCCCCCGACGACUAUUUCCGGAAGUUCGAGCCCCGGCUCUACUCGCUGGACUCCAGCAGUGACGACGUGGACUCCCUGACGGACGAGGAGAUCCUGUCCAAGUACCAGCUGGGCAUGCUGCACUUCAGCACCCAGUACGACCUGCUGCAUAACCACCUCACCGUGAGGGUGAUCGAAGCCCGGGACCUGCCACCCCCCAUCUCCCAUGACGGCUCGCGCCAGGACAUGGCGCACUCCAACCCCUACGUCAAGAUCUGCCUCCUGCCCGACCAGAAGAACUCGAAGCAGACGGGGGUCAAGCGCAAGACGCAGAAGCCCGUGUUCGAGGAGCGCUACACCUUCGACAUCCCCUUCCUGGAAGCCCAGAGGAGGACCCUGCUGCUCACCGUGGUGGAUUUCGACAAGUUCUCGCGCCACUGUGUCAUCGGCAAAGUGUCCGUGCCCUUGUGCGAAGUUGACCUGGUGAAGGGCGGGCACUGGUGGAAGGCGCUGAUCCCCAGCUCCCAGAACGAGGUGGAGCUGGGGGAGCUGCUCCUGUCUCUGAAUUACCUCCCGAGUGCUGGGCGACUGAAUGUUGAUGUCAUUCGAGCCAAGCAGCUUCUUCAGACGGAUGUGAGCCAAGGGUCAGACCCCUUUGUGAAAAUCCAGCUGGUGCAUGGACUCAAGCUUGUGAAAACCAAGAAGACCUCCUUCUUAAGAGGCACAAUCGAUCCCUUCUACAAUGAAUCCUUCAGCUUCAAAGUGCCCCAGGAAGAACUGGAAAACGCCAGCCUAGUGUUUACAGUGUUCGGCCACAACAUGAAGACCAGCAACGACUUCAUCGGAAGGAUCGUCAUUGGCCAGUACUCCUCCGGCCCCUCCGAGUCCAACCACUGGCGGCGCAUGCUCAACACGCACCGCACGGCCGUGGAGCAGUGGCACAGCCUGCGGUCCCGAGCCGAGUGCGACCGCGUGUCUCCGGCCUCCUUGGAGGUGACCUGAGGUGACCCACGGGGAACACAGCUUUCAUAUGUAGGGGAAAAAAAUAAACAAAUGUGUCCCAUCCUAUUACAUCCACACCUGCCUACACACACACACACAUCCCCGAAGUCCUCUCUCAACUGAAGGGAAGCCAACUAGUGAUCCCAGAGUGGCCGCCUUCGAUGAGCGAGGCCUGAGAACUUUCCAGAAGCCCCAUUCAUAGCUCAUGAGCUGAGGGGGCUCUGCUGGGGACUUAUUGGCAGUGCCUCUCUUGUUGAUACCCUACCCCUAAAGGCACUUUCAACCCUCAGGCUGGAGAAGAGGCCUCCCAGAAGGUGCCAAGCUCCAUCAAGACCCAGUUUGGCCAGUGUGUGGGAGGCCCGUCUCCCUGCUCCCAAACCACACACCCUCUGGGGAACUUCUGUGUCCCGAGGGCCCCCACACCCAGUCCCUUUCUCCAAAGGUAUAAGUAUCUUCGUCUUCUCCUUAGUAAAUGUGAUAAAUAGGUUAGCCUGUCUGGAGAAACCAAUGGCAACAAAAAUGUUCCAGUAUAAGAAACCCCCCUCGGCUUAACUGAAUCUUGUGUUAGCUUAUUCCAGGGACUCUGCGUGUGCGUGUGUUCUCAUGUGUGUGCCCUCCCAGGGGAACAUGUGUGUGUGCCUGUGUGUCCUCUUGGUGAACCAGGGGAUGGUUCGGGACCUGCACCCUGAACACUCCCUUCUCUCUGCUUCUCUCAUCCGGUGAGCUGUCCCCCCAGUGUCCUCCUGUCCGUCAAAGACCCCACCUUGGGCAGUGGUUAUGUGUGCGUACAUCACGUUAGUAGGGUAUGAUAGAGCAAAAGUAACACUCUUUGACCGAAUCAUGGUGAUUGUGACCCACAAAAGACCUGGAUUUAAAUGGCAACACAUCCCAUCCACGGGAAUCUCCUUCCUUAAUCACUUUCAGGAUAUUUCUGUGUGUGAACCAAUGUCAUGUCUCAUGUGCUAAAGAAUUAUUGUAGUCUCUCUCUCUCUCUCUCUCUCUCUCUCUCUGAAGCUUCUGUAUCUUUUCCCACAGUAUAUUGUCUGGUGUGAUGGGGAGCUAUUUAUUGAAAUUAAAGAUUAUUUAUU